ACGCGCUGGUCACGGCAAAUCAGUCUUGGCCAUCUAGCCUGCGCUGUGUACCGCUGGAAAUGCUGUAAACAUACCUGAGUUUAGAUUUGCUGAAAACGACAUCUGUUUGUUCUGAGCGGGCCGGGCUUAAUCGCAGCAUCGGAUGGAGCUGAACGGCUGUCACUGUGAAGAUGAAGGAGGCACAGAAGCUGACGACGGCGAAACACGGCAGCAGACGCCCGGAAAGGGAAGAGCUGGCGAUCCGCGUAUUGACGGCGGCAUUGAGGGGGGAGCGGCCGGCCCGAUGGAGCAAGGCGAACCGAGCGAACGCCGCGCCAGACACACGGCGGAUUCGCCGAGAAAGAGCAGGCCGCCCUUUCCCUGGUUCGGAAUGGACAUUGGUGGGACCCUCGUAAAACUUGUCUAUUUUGAACCGAAGGACAUCACAGCAGAGGAGGAACAGGAGGAAGUGGAGAACCUGAAGAGCAUCCGCAAGUAUCUGACCUCUAAUGUGGCUUAUGGCUCCACCGGCAUCCGGGAUGUGCACCUGGAACUGAAGGAUUUGACCCUGUGUGGCCGCACAGGCAACCUGCACUUCAUUCGCUUCCCCACCCAAGACCUGCCUGCCUUCCUGCAGAUGGGCCGCGAUAAACACUUCUCCAGCCUCCAUACGGCACUCUGUGCCACGGGUGGUGGGGCCUACAAGUUUGAGGCUGAUUUCCGUAUGAUGGCUGAUCUACAGCUCCUGAAGCUGGAUGAGUUGGACUGUCUCAUCCGUGGUGUCCUGUACAUUGACUCAGUCAACUCCAGCGGACCCUCUGAGUGUUACUACUUUGAAAAUCCAACAGAUCCAGUGCACUGCAUAGUCAAGCCUUACAGACUGGAGAACCCCUACCCACUCUUGCUAGUCAACAUCGGAUCUGGGGUCAGCAUUCUUGCAGUCCAUUCCAAAGACAAUUUUAAACGUGUCACUGGGACAAGUCUUGGUGGAGGGACUUUCCUUGGGCUGUGCUGUCUGCUGACGGGUUGCUCCACGUUUGAGGAAGCACUGGAGAUGGCCUCACGUGGGGAGAGCACACGAGUAGACAAACUGGUGCGGGACAUAUAUGGGGGCGACUAUGAGAGGUUUGGUCUCCCAGGCUGGAUUGUGGCCUCCAGUUUUGGAAACAUGAUGUGCAAGGAGAAGCGGGAAUCUGUCUCCAAAGAAGACCUGGCCCGAGCAACAUUAGUUACAAUUACAAAUAACAUCGGCUCCAUAACCAGGAUGUGUGCCUUGAAUGAGAACAUAGAAAGGGUGGUGUUUGUGGGGAACUUCCUGAGGGUCAAUACUCUCUCCAUGAAGCUGCUGGCCUACUCUAUGGAGUACUGGUCUGCUGGACGAUUGAAAGCACUGUUUCUUCAGCAUGAGGGUUAUUUCGGAGCUGUGGGAGCGCUUCUUGAACUAUUAAAUCCCUCUUAAUCGCACAAACGGAAAAGACUUGGGUGCUUCAGAAAUCUGUCCCCCAUACCUCUUUUUUUGUCAUUGGGGUGCACUGUAAGAGGGUGGUCAAGCCAUGAGAAGCGUAAUUUUGUGCGUCAAUUUUAAUGGUUUCUAUUCCGUUACUGUUUAUGCACCAUGACUGCUUAGCUUUUCCAGCUAUCAGCGUUCAUGUUUCACUACACACAUGUCCUACACUUAUCCAAAGAUCUGGACAGCCUGUCGAGCCCUUUGACAUGUAGAGCAUGUCUCCUUUUUCCCAGGGAACCAUCGUUAUGGACAACUUGUUGUCUUUCUUGCUUUAAUAUACUUUACACUGUAAUUUUGCCAUGAAAACUCACCUGUGUUGCCUUUGUCAGUUGGUCUGAAUACAUUUCAAAUAUAUACAAAAAGUGCAAAGUAUAUGUUAUUUAAAAUUGCUGUGUUUCUGUUCAAGUAGCAUUUGGAAGGUCAGAUAUUUUAAUAGAUGAGUAUCUUGCUACCAUAUAACGUCUGAAAGAUUCUGCCAUUGUCUGUGGUGUAAGGAAUAAAGAAAGAAGCAGAAACCACUCUUUCAGAAGACCAAUAUCUCCUCGAAAUGGAUCUCGUCUUGGCCUUAAGUACUGUAUGACUACAUCAAUACAUGAAUGUUUUUUUUUUUCUCUCUCUUUCGAAAUAUAUCAGAAGUCAGACUAAGUUAGGUGCAGUCCUGAUUCACUAUAAUAUGUAAUUAGUAGAAUAAAUAAAACAUAAAUGUUGACAAGUCGACUGUGUAAUAAAUAAUAAAUGUAAUAAAUAAUGAGUAGUUUAGACCAAUGUCGGUGUCUAUAUUAUUUAUAGACUUAAACUGAGAAUUGUAUGAAAAUACUCCCUAUCUGUAUGAUGAUGCAGAAGGGUUGUCAAUAAAUACUGGAAGUGGCCUCAGAAUCAGUGCCGUUAAAAUACUCUGCCUGUGCUUUUAUUAUAUUUCAUGCUGAUCUCUGUUCUUGUGACUCUCUAUUUCUGCCUGGACAUUAGUAUUUCCUGAAGUGCUAAGUACUUUAAGAAGUUUUUAGAUAAGAUGGGUUUUGAUUGACAAGAAAAAAAAAUCUAAAUUUCUGAUUCCAAAAGGAAAAGUGUUUUAACAUACAAACAAGUGCACACAAAAAUAUUCCAGUUAUGUGACAAAACCGCUGAUGUGCGCAAUAAAAACUGUUACUUUCAGUCACCUUUAGUCAGCUAGUGAGGCCUGGCAUUGCGGUGUUUGUGUACACUGAAUAGACCCAUAUAAAUUCUGAUAUGUAUUACUUAAUUGCCUCAGUUAAAAAUUAGAUUACUUCCCUGACUAUUUCAAAACAUUGUGCAAAAUGUAAAUGUUGCAGGUUAAUACCAUGGUUUGCUGACUGAAACAUUGAUGUAGUUUUACGCACAGUUGCUAGUAUACUGAAUGUGCUUUGUAGUUUUACCUACAUUUGUGAAGGAAAUAAAACUGCUUUAUAUAAAUAGG